UUAGUGAAAUGGGCACAGCAAAAAGAUGUUUUGGCGCAUGGUUCGGUAGGUGGGUUUUGGAGCCAUUGCGGUUGGAACUCGACGUUGGAGAGCAUUAGCGAAGGCAUGCCAAUGAUUUGCAAACCACUCAUUGCAGACCAGUUUGUGAAUGCCAGAUUCUUGGUCCAUGAAUGGAAGGUUGGAUUGGCAUUGGAAGGAGUGGAGAGAAGUGUGAUUGCAGACACCGUGAGAAAACUUAUGGUGGGAGACGAGAGAAAAGAGUUGAAGCAGAAUGCAAUGGAGAUGAAGCGGAAAAUGGCUGAUUGUUUACAGAAAGGUGGUAGUUCUUACAAAGCACUGAAUGAACUAACACAUUUCAUAUCUUCACUUCCGCGAAGAACUUCCAUUUGUGGGACGAUUCAGAGCAAUGCUGAAUGAUUUUGGAUCCUAGAUCUUCCCAGUGCUUUACAUAUCUUAUGCAUCCCAUUUGACUAUAUUACUAAAUAAAUGAAGAAAACACACUGUAACCCCUAUUUUCAAAUUUUUAACUUAAAGCUCCUCACUUUUAUUGGUAGAAUGUAGA